AUGAAGUUCAAAAUCGUCACGAUCCUCCCGUGCACCGCGGACGAGUACAUCACGUACAACGACACCUCGGAGUACAAGAAGCUGCAGCUCGAGACGACGAACUCGUUCGAGCGCACGAACGUGACGACGUGUAAAGACGGCGUGUGCACGCAGGUCAUCGUGAACAAGCCGUCGAUCGACAUCCCGAGGGUCGUGAAGUUUAUGAUGAAAGGCCGCGAGAUGGAGUUCACGGACACGCGGACGUGGGAGGACCGCGUGAAAAAAGAAGGACGGUUCCCGCUGACGCAGACGUUCCUUCAGACGAACAACAUCACCGACCGAUGUUUAUCCAAAGGCACGAUCACCGUGGAAGACGUCGAAGUGGCAGAGGAGGAGGAGGGGGCGGGGACGAAGGCCAAGAAGGCGGGCGGCGCGAAGAAGGCCCAAGAGAAGAAAACGAAACGGUGUUCGAUCACCGCGGAAGGGGAAGUCAUCGUGCGCAUCGGCCCGCUGUCGAACUUCGCGGAGGGUCAGGUCAUCGAACACAUGCGCGCGGCGUACGGAAAAUUUCCCGGGAUCGUCGAACGAUGGAGAGAGAUUCUCGCGGAGCGAGAGAAGACGAAGGCGGCGAAGGCGGCGGAGGAAGAGGACGCGAUCUCCGCGGAGAGACUCGUCGCGGAAGACGCGACCGUGUCCGAGGACGCCGAGGACGCGGUCAUGACGGACGCGUUGGACUCGACGGCGACGACGGCGACGGCGACGGCGACGACGGCGCCGGCGCCGGCGCCCGCGGCGGACCACGCGCAGCCGCUGUGGACGCCAUGGUGGGUCGCGGUGGAGUACUCCAAGCGCGCGUUCGGCGCGCUCGCGUCGACGUACACGUCCGCGUUCUCUUCCGGGGCGCAUCCCGCGCCCGCCGCGCCCGCGCGCGCCGCGCAGGAGACGCAGCCGGAGAGCGCGCGAGCGCACAAGCGACCGAGAGAGGAGGACGCGGAGGACGUGGACAUGCUCGCGGACGACGCGUCGAGCGCGGAGGGGAGCCAGAGCCAGAGCCAGAGCCAGAGCCCCGACAGCGUCCUCAAGGGCGACUCGACCUCGCCGAUGGAGGCGUGGAGCGAGCACACGUCGAGGAUCGCACGCCCGGGUCUCGAAGAGCCGCGCUCGCCGAAGAGCCCGCGGACGAGCGAAAACUUGAGCCGAUCGCCUGGGAAGAUAACGCUCCCGCAGGACGAAUACCUGUUCUGA